ACCACCAUGGAGCAGAUCGGCUCCUUUUUCCACUCCAUUGGGACUUUCAUCCGCUCGAAGCAUCAGGAGGGCAUCUAUAACUCUGCCUGCCUGGCGGUACUGUUGGGGCUGCCUGUCCUCGUCCUUCUCAUCAGCAUCUUCAUCUGUUGCCAUUGUUGUUGUUGCAGCCAGCGGCGAAAGGACAGCAGCACUAGUGGUCCUUCCCACGGUAAGAAAAGAAGGAAGAAGAAAGAAGAGGAUCUGUGGAUCUCCACCCAGCCCAAACUACUCCUGCUGGAAAAGAGGCCAUCCCUGCUGGUCUAGAGA